UCUACAAUUUCUUUGUGUUUGAGACUUACUUGCAACUAUGUCCGGAAGAGGCAAACAAGGCGGGAAGGUUCGGGCUAAGGCCAAGACCCGCUCAUCCCGGGCUGGGCUGCAGUUCCCAGUUGGCCGAGUUCACAGGCUCUUGAGAAAGGGCAAUUAUGCUGAGCGGGUGGGAGCCGGAGCUCCGGUCUAUCUGGCCGCAGUGCUCGAAUACCUGACCGCUGAGAUCCUGGAGUUGGCCGGGAACGCUGCCCGGGAUAACAAGAAGACCCGUAUCAUCCCCAGGCACCUGCAGCUCGCUGUGCGCAAUGAUGAGGAGCUGAACAAACUGCUCGGAGGAGUCACUAUCGCUCAGGGCGGGGUCCUGCCCAACAUCCAGUCCGUGCUGCUGCCCAAGAAAACCGAGAGCUCCAAGGCGGCCAAGAGCAAGUGAGCUGCCCGGUCACAGCGCCCCCAUCAGGAAACAACACAAAGGCUCUUUUCAGAGCCCCCA